UCACCGGGUUGAAACUGAACAUACACGAUUAAAGAUUGAAUUCCUCAACGAAUCAUUGAUUUUGAUUGAUCAAGCAUUGGAAACUUCGGAUCAACAAAAACUUAUACAAAUCCACGAAGCAUGGUCGUUGGCAUUAGAGAAUGUGACACGUCAAUGUGAAAAUCUUGCUGGCCCAUUGACGGAAGUGUUCCAAGUAUUAUCGCGAAAUGAUCAAGAAAUGGAAACAAAAUACACAGGUGUCAUUACUGGUACUGUUGCUUCAUCGAUAUUAGUCGGAAUUGCUGUCGGAUUAAUCAUCACCCAUUGUCAUCCAGGUUCUUUUCUACAGUAUGGAUGCGAAAAAAUUUUACCUAUUGCUCCAUUGCUUGCUAUCGUGCUAGCUACUGGCUGUGCUAUCGGGAAAAUAACAUCGACAGAUGUACGCACAGUUCAGCGAAAAUUAGAUUCUGCUCGUUCCAUCUUGGCUAAACAUUUUUCAAACUAUAUUGACAGUCCAACCAACGGCUCAUCUAAAUCAGAAGUCGCGAUAUUCAUAAGAAAAUCAAUUGACAUGCUUAAUAUAAAUGAAGAUAUAUGGCAAAGUCGUGAGGCACUUGAAAUGAUGAAAGAUUCGAUUCGAAGUGAGCUCAAACAUUUACAAGAACCUAAGUGA